GAAGGUUCUAGGUAGUGAACCGUUUAGUAUGGAACACCAACAGCUGAAGACAGUCAGCAGGUAACAAGCCAGCACAGCUGAGACCAGUUAAAGAAGGCUCUGUUUGCCUGUGUUGAAGCUGAAGGCUAAUUUGAUGUAGGAUUGUUGGUUCUGCACUCGUGUUGCAGAGCACAUAAUUUUGGUUCUCAGUGAUUCCAGUCAUGGUACCCAGCAGGUUCAAGUCCCACCAGUUCCUCAGACACUAAGCAAAACCUCAUUGUGGUUUCACCCUUGACCCCUGGUUAUGCCACAUAUUUUUCACACUGCCCCCUAGUGACCAUACAAAGCUACCGCAUGUAGAUCUGCUCUGCAAAGCUAUGAUAGCACCAACGCACAACUAUAACCCUGGCAUAUGAGGAUCCCCCAACAGUGUGAAUGUUCUGCCCACCCUGCUAAUAUUGUAUGACAUCAAGAGAGGAGCUGCUGAACCACAGAGAUGACUGCAAAUUUUGCAAAGAUGAGGAAAAGGAAACUGUGAUUCUUAACACCAAUCUGAGGUGUGUAUUUCUGCAUCUGUGUGGGUGUGUGAUACAUGAUUCCCUAACCAAUCACAUAUCCAUGUCGCACAAGGGCUACAUCUAUAAACCGAGUGUUUUUACAUAUAUAUGUCUAAGAGAAGGAAAGACAGAGAGAAGUGAGUGAUACAGCUCGGGUCAUUUUCCCUUAAACUGAAGGCUGACAAAGAAAGAAAAGAUGAAGACCGUGGCUAUCCUGGCUCUCUGCUUCUUGGUAGUUAUCUGUGUCGCUUCAGAUGCUGCCACCGACCCUCAGCCUGCUGGUGACAACCCUGCUGAGGAGGGGUUGUUUGUGGAGAGGGAGCAGGCCUCCACGGUGGUGAGGCAGAAGAGAGCUGCUGGACAGUUAUCCUUGGUACAGCUGGAGAGUCUGAGAGAAGUGUGUGAGGCCAACGUGGCUUGUGAGCACAUGAUGGACAUAAACGGCAUCAUCGCCGCCUACACUGCCUACUAUGGACCAAUCCCCUAUUAGAGGCUACAGCUGACUGCGCACCAGAGCUGCCUUUUUUCUUGCAUUGCCACCUCUGAGCUCGGCUUUUUCUUUGCUGCAAAGCAAACUGUCUAAAAGUGUGGCAGACGGAUCAGACUGGAAGAAACCAAACACCAGCAUGUGGAUUUACUUUCUUUCCUAACUGCACCUUCAAGAAUAUCUCUGUAAUUCUCUCAUUUUUCUCCGCCUGUAGAGUUAAAACGGAAUAAAAAUGAAUAUCAUUCUGC